AUGGGCGCGCCCUCCUCCCCCUCCCCGGCCCCGCCGCCGCCGCUCUCCAUCGUCUCUCCGCCGCCACCCCACGACGCCUCCCCGCCCCCAACGCUCCUGCGCCUGCGCUGCGCCGUGCAGCACUACGAGUGGGGCCGCCACGGGGCCACCUCCCUCGUCGCGCGCCUCGCCGCCGCCAGCGACCCCGCCUUCCAGAUCGACCCGGCCCUCCCCUACGCCGAGCUCUGGAUGGGCACCCACCCCGCCGCGCCCUCCGUCGUCCUCCCGUCCGGCGAGCACCUCCGCGGCUGGCUCGCGCGGAACAGGGACGCCCUCGGCUCCCCCGUCAACGAGCGCUGGGGCGGCGACCUGCCCUUCCUCUUCAAGGUGCUGUCGGUCGCCAAGCCGCUGUCGAUCCAGGCGCACCCGGACAAGGCGCUGGCGGAGGCGCUGCACGCGCUGCGCCCGGACGCGUACAGGGACGCCAACCACAAGCCGGAGAUGGCCAUCGCCAUCACCCACUUCCGCGCGCUCUUCGGAUUCGUCGGCAUCGAGGAGCUCAAGGACGUUAUAAGGACUGUACCUGAAGUUGGAGGGCUGAUUGGACACGAAGAUGCUGGCAAGCUUAUCACGGUAAAAGAGAAUCAUGGUGGUAAUGAUGCGAAAUCCGUUCUUCAAUCAGCGUUUGCUAAGCUAAUGAUGGCCACUAAAGAAACAGUUUCUGAAGCUGUCAAUAAAUUGAAGGAUCGCCUUAAUGAUGAGAGCAAGAUUCGGACCUUGACGGAGAAAGAAGAAGUUAUAUUAUCUCUGGAAAGACAGUAUCCAGAAGACGUUGGUGUUCUAGCGGCACUUCUCUUCAACUAUGUCAAGCUCAGUCCUGGUGAAGCAAUUUAUAUUGGUGCCAAUGAACCACAUGCAUACCUGUCUGGGGAAUGCAUCGAGUGUAUGGCCACGUCAGACAAUGUUGUUCGUGCUGGUUUGACACCUAAAUACAGAGAUGUGAAGACUCUUCGCGAUAUGCUGACAUACAAACAGGUUUUCCCUGAGAUACUGCGAGGGGUACACGUGCCGGCCAUGGAACCAUAUGUGCGACGCUACACCCCUCCGACCGAUGAGUUUGAGGUUGACCGCUGCUUGCUACCUCCAGGUGAAGUGGUGGUCAUGCCCCCCGCACUGAGUCCAUCUAUCUUCCUUGUCAUGACCGGGGAGGGUGAGAUUCAGGUAGACUCCAUUUUGGACGGUGAGAAUGCAAAGGAAGGUGAUGUUUUCUUCGUCCCUGCGAAUACUGAGGUUAAGCUCUCUGCUUCUGGCCAUGCGUCCAUGCAGCUGUACAGAGCUGGGGUGAACAGCGCAUCCUUGAAAGCCUGCAACACUGUUGUUACAGGGAAGAAGAUCCCAGCUGCAAAUUACGUGGGCUGACUAGUUAGUGUUUAACUGCUGAUGUUCUUUAUAUAUAGGCUAAUGAACGUGUCAAAGUGAUGUAUACUGUAUAUGCUAAUGACGAAUAAACUUGUUCUGUGAUGUCCUAAUGAAUGGAUUAGUCUUCUACUUGCAGUCAGCUGCUAGAAAACUAA